AUGUCUACUGCCGGAGAAAAAGUUCUUUCUACAGCCGAUGAAGUGAGAAGAUGUAAAACAACAGAACAACUAAUAGAGUUUUUGGGCAAGCAAGACUUAGGACUUGAGAAUAAGCAUUUCGAUAUUCUUCGUGGACAAGAAAUUACUGCCCCCUUAUACUUUCAGUACCUCGCGUCAAAAGUUCAUUGUGUUAGUUCCGGCGCCUGGGAGGAUUUUAUUCAACUGCAUAAACAUUUAAAAGAAUGCUUCAAUAUUGAAGGCCUAUUGGAAAAUUAUGUGUUUAUUAUUGGGGAUAAAGAAAUUGAUUUUGGCUGGUCGAAAAUGCAAAUUAUCGACUUCCUUAAACAACAGAAAUGCUCGACUGAUAAUCCAGUCAGGAUAUCUGACGUAGAAAAAG